AUGCCGAGAAGAUUACAGUUCGCACUUCAAUAUGUGGCAUCGCCGAGGGACAAGAAGACAAGUAUUAUCGCCAUAACCUCAAUUAGAACAGAGGAUGACAAAGAAUAUGUGUUGCCACAAGAAAUGAGGUUUGUAAGCGAACAUGAAGAUCUGAUGAAGACAGAUGUUUACAAAAGAGUAAAAAAAAGUUUUACUCAAAGAGGUCAAGACAGAACAGUGUGGAUUACACUAACAAAAGAAAUGGAGCAGACAUACUUUGAUGAAGAGGGUAAUAUAAUGUUUAACGACUUAUAUUUAGAACAAAUAAUAAAAACAGAUAUAGUAGAAUCCACUCAGAAGAAAGAAAGUCAACUUAAUCUAAAACACAUAGCAGAAAAAUUCAUGAUUGAGAAAUUUACAUCUAAACACUCAAAUGCAAAACAAUGGCUGGAGACAUUUGAGAAAGAAUGUAGAAGGUUUGAAAUCAAUGAAGAUAAUACAAAAAUCGAAAUAUUAAGACUAUUCCUGGACAAGCCAUGUUCAGAUUGGCACUCAGCGACCCUCACAAUAUUGACAGUGGAAGCUGGAUGGUCUGAAUGGAAAGAAAGAUUUUUAGAAUCAUUUGCAGACAAAGGAUGGACUACAGGAAUAUAUGCUAUAUAUUAUAGGUAUAAAGAAGGUUCACACACAUUGAGUGAAUAUGCUAUGAGGAAAGAAAAGCUGCUACUAGAUAUGGACAAGGACAUCAGUUCAAAAACCCUAGUAUUGCUCAUAGCAGCAGGUUUACCUGAGUUUGUUAGGAAUAAGAUCGACAAAGAAAAUUUCAAUGGUGUGACACAUACAAAAGGUUUAGUAACUAUAAAAAUAAAAAUCUUCGACAUAGAAGAAUACAUUGAUGUAUUCAUUACAGAGAGGGAUGAUUUUGAAGAUUUUAUCAUAGGAUUGGAUAUGAUAAAAAAAUUCAAAUUAAUUCAAGAUGAAAAUCUACAGAUAUCACAAAAAAAAACGAUAGUAGAUACAAAAAAGCAGAAGACUAAAAUAGAUAAUAAAGAUAAUAAAACUAAACAGUGUUCAAUAAACUUCAAUGAACACAUAGAGACAGAUGAAUUUCAGAUAAAGCUAGAACAUCUAGAUAAUAUAAAGAAAAUUAAGAUAGAAAAACUAAUAGAAAAAUACAAAACUGUAUUUGCGAAAGACAAAUACGAUAUCGGCACAGUAAAGGAUUAUGAGGCAAGAAUUGAAUUGAUAGUAGACAAAUAUUGCAGCAAAAGACCAUACAGGUGUUCAAUAGAAGAUAAAAAGGAAAUAGAAACACAAGUGGCAAAGCUAUUAGAAAAGAAUCUAAUUGAAGAAUCCUACAGUCCAUUUGCGGCACCAGUGACACUUGCAUAUAAAAGAGAUGAAGAAAAAAAAAAUCGCCUGUGCAUUGAUUUCAGAGACCUAAACAAGAAUAUAGUACCACAAGCUCAACUAUUUCCACUUAUAGACGACCUAAUAAUUAAAACCAGAAACUGUAAAUAUUUCACAACACUGGAUAUAAACUCCGCAUUUUGGUCAAUCCCACUCCGAAUCGAAGACAAAAAAAAGACUGGUUUUGUAACGCAAGAAGGACACUAUCAAUGGACGUGUUUACCAUUUGGUCUUAAAACGUCACCGGCAAUAUUUCAAAGAAUCCUGAGCAACAUAUUACGGAAACAUAAAUUAACAGAAUUUACAAUAAAUUAUAUCGACGACAUAUUAAUUUACUCAACAAAUUUUGAAGAACACAUCAGACAUAUAGAGCGGGUAUUAGAAGCAAUUAUAAGAGAAGGAUUUAGACUGAAAUUCAAAAAAUGUUCAUUCGCUGCGAAUUCAAUAAAAUACCUAGGACACGUCAUAGAAGAUAACACAGUAAGACCAAUAAAGGAUAAUCUAAUUUCAAUCCAGAAUUUUCCAACUCCGAAAACUCAAAAAAAUAUUAGACAAUUUUUGGGAAAGAUCAAUUUCUACCAUGAAUACAUACCAAAUAGCUCAAUAACGUUAAACCCAUUACAUAGAUUAUUAAAAAAAGAUAUAGAAUUUAUAUGGUCAGAAGAAUGUGAGAAAUCUUUUACAGAAGUAAAGAAAUUAUUAUGUGCUCAACCAGUUCUAGAAAUAUUCGAUAAGGAUUUGCCAAUAAAAAUUUACACAGAUGCAUCGCUAGAAGGAAUUGGAGCAAUACUAAAGCAAGUACAAAUAGAUGGACGAGAAAAACCAGUAGCAUAUUUCUCGAAGAAAUUGAAUGAGGCUCAAAAAAGGAAAAAAGCAAUAUAUCUGGAGUGCCUGGCAAUCAAAGAAGCAGUGAAAUACUGGCAACAUUGGUUAAUUGGAAGAACGUUUGAAGUAUACUCAGAUCACAAACCGCUUGAAAACCUGAACAUAAAAGCGAGAACGGACGAAGAAUUAGGUGAGUUAACGUAUUACCUGUCACAAUACAAUUUCAAAAUAAAAUAUAUACCGGGUAAAGAUAACGCUGAAGCGGACUGCUUAAGUCGAAAUCCGGUACUAGAACCGACGGAAAACACUGAAGAGGCUCUAACAAUACUGGAUCUUAAAAGGAGAAUACCCCAACUGCCAACCGAGUUUUUUAAUGAGAUUUGGUGUGGUGGUAGAUUAGGAAAAUAUAAGAUUACGCCUCCAACAUUAGCUGUAGAUACGCAUCUGUUUUCGAGAAUGUGA